AUGUUGCUCAUCUGCCUCGUGGCAGCACUCAAUUGCGCGAGUGUUGGCUACGAUGCCAGCAUGAUGUCUUCUCUCAACAUCCUGUCAUCAUUCCAAGUCCAGUUCGAGAUAGAUACGAACCUGAAAGGUCUUUUGACGGCUGCGCAAAACCUCGGUGGCAUUGUCGCAGGCUUAUUUGCUGGAGCCAUUGUGGACAAAUUAGGCCGAAAGGGAGGAAUCCUGUUGUCCGCAAGCAUUGUGCUCCUGUCUUGCAUUCUCCAUUCUACUGCGACGCACAAGGCCCAACUCUUUGUCGGUCGAAUUCUCGUUGGCUUCGCCAAGUCAGUAGAUAUUGCUGCUGUACCAACCUACCUCGUGGAGCUGGCACCACCUUCACGUCGUGGCUUUGUCGCUGGUCUAUACUGGGCAUGUUGGCUUCUUGGUGCCAUCAUAUCUUCGGCCAUCGGUUACGGCGCACGAAGCCUUUCUGGAGACUGGGCAUGGCGCCUGAUUUGCGUGUGCAUGGCGGCCCCUGCCUUACUGUGCAUCUGCUCGCUUCCAUUCAUUCCUGAAUCCCCUCGAUGGCUGAUCUCCCGCGGCCGGGAACGAGAAGGCCUUCAGGUACUUGCCAGGUUCCAUGGCAAAGGAGACGAGACGAAUCCCCUGGUCGUUACUCAAUUCAGAGAGAUUCGAGAAACCAUCGCCUUCGAGCAGGCAAACGGGUUUGACUCCUACAGAGCAUGGUGGAAAGCCUUUGUCUCGGAAAAGUCGAACCUCUACCGGGGCUUUAUUCUCUUGACCCUUGGUGUUUUUGAGCAGACUAUUGGCUCGAGUAUCAUCACUUUCUAUCUCAGCAGUGUUCUUACCCUGGCUGGCAUCACGUCUGAGAAAGAGCAGUUCGCUAUCAAUGUUAGUCAGAACUGUGUCGCUUUCGCCGCUGCCCUUUGCGGAAUAUGCAUUAUCGACAAGGUCGGCCGAGUUCCCAUGUUGGUUUGUGGAACAUCUUUCUGUGCCGCUGUUCUCGCGACAAUGGCAGGCCUUACAGCGGAUCAAACGGACAAUGCUCUCGGACGGAAUGGCAUCAUCGCCAUGGUCUUCCUAUUCCAAAUUGGAUACUCGUCUACUUGGACUCCUCUAUCUUUCUCAUACUGCGCGGAGGUUCUGAACUUCACUAUCCGCGCAAAGGGCAUGGGCGUCUAUUCCAUGUUCACCUCCACCGCGGGCUUUUUCAAUCAAUAUGUCAUCCCAAUCGGGCUUGCAGGAAUCGGAUGGCGGUUUUAUAUCGUCGGCGCUUGCUGGAACGUUUUUGUCGCUGUCGUUAUAUUCUUCACGUAUUUAGAGACGAGUGGCCUCACUCUAGAGCAGAUUGAUCAGCGCUUCAAUGGUGUUCCUCGCGAUCAGCUCGUGGACAUCAUGGAAGUUUACGACGGAAGCAAGCCUAUCUCGGAAGGAGAACUGGGUAAUAAGUUCAAUGGUGAAGAGGUGACUCAGGAGGUCAAUCAGAUUACCGCGGCAUCGGCGGAUGUCAAGACAGCUUAG